UAGAAGAUCGCACAAGAUUAUCAGAAAGACAAUGGGAAUUCAGGAGGCAGCCUGCAUGGACUCCUGCAAGUCGUGUCUUCUCUGGGCCUGUAUCCUUACCUAUAACUAGAUAAGGAUAACAGUCAGCCUUAUCCAUACAGCGCUUUUGGGCAAUAUUCAUUUACACAUGAGACAUAUUGUGGGUCCGAUUCGGUGUUUCACUACUUAGUAGUUGUAUCCUUGAAGAAGUUAUUUAACAUAUCGCUCUGAGCCUCAGUAACUACAUCUGAAAAGUAGGGUUAAUUGUAUCUACUUAAAGCACUUAGGCAAAUGCUUGGCUCAUAGGUUCUCUACACAUCAUGUAUAUAGUACUUAUUUCUAUAUAAGUAUGCCAUUAUACCACGAAUACAUCACAUAAAUGAUGUAAUGAAAUAUAUGGCAUAGGGGUGUAUUGAGUGUGUUUGGGGGAGGGGCAAACUGGAGUUUAGGGGUUCCAGUAACUUACCUUCCAUAACACAGAAGGUAAGUUGUAGAACUGGAAUUUGAACUCAGUGUUACUUAGGAGAAAUUAUUUCAACUCACUGGCAGUGCCAUUAAUGGGAUGGCUACAUCACUCCUCCCCCACAAAUGUCACCCUGAAGUGUCCCACCCAGGAACAAGAGACACAGAUAAAUCCUAGUUCUCUCUUUUCUCUUUCCCCUUCUCUAUAAACCUACUCUACAUAUCAAUCAUUUCUCUAAACCCGACAGCCCAGCCAGGGAGCUAAGAGGCCCUUUGGGAGACCAUGGGGUCGAGCCAGUUUUAGCACAGAGGAGGGCAAGUUCAGUCCAGGCCCGGACAGAGCCCAGAGUGGGCCUCAGAUGGCCUCCGCAGCUCCCGGGGAAGCAGGGCCAUCGGAAGUUAUCAGGCUCCAAAGACUUCCUGGCCGGCCAGUCCCUUCCUUCCGGAGUCCCCGGCGGCCUCCCCAGCGUGCCCGUCGCGGCCGGUGCCCAGGAGGUGGGGCUGGCGGGGCCGAUCCCUACCUGACGGCCUUUUUGGCGGCCUGGCCAGGCUGUGCAGGGUGGCCCAGCCCGAGUCCCCGGACGCCGCGGGACUGGAGUGCCAGCUGGUGUUGGAGGCGGAGCGGCGACGCCGCCACGAAGAGACAGGUCCCUCCGGCCCAGCAGCCCUCUUCCCCGCACGUCGGACUUCUCGGACUCCAGUCAGCUGAGGCCUCUGCUGCCCCGCAACCCCGGCCCCUCCGGCCCCUGCAUAACCUCUUUCGUUCGGAAGCUCAGGUCGCCUUUAGCCCAGGUAGAUUUCGGGCAAUCCCAGAUUUAACCGCCCACAGACGAGUCUCCUGGCUGCCUCCUCACCGGCAGCACACUGCCCUCAUCUCCCCCCAACCCAGUUCCCCUUUUAACUUCUUCGUCCUGGCCCCCUCUAGCCAAGCACUUUUGUUUCCUUUGUCUUUUGCUCCCCUCCACUUUAGGGAUGCUCCCGAAGCUCCCUGAUGUGGGCACCACUCCUUUGUCCACUGUGUCCUUGCCUAGUUCUCUCACUCCCAUUCUUCCCUCAUCCUGGUGGAGACCCAGGACUCCUCCUUGACUCCAACUUCCUCUCUGUCAGGCUGACCUGGGAGGGUGACUCCCUUCCAUUGCCAGCACUAUGCCCGGCACUGUGGCGACACUGCGGUUUCAGCUGCUGCCCCCUGAGCCAGAUGAUGUCUUCUGGGGUGCACCCUGUGAACAGCCCCUGGAGCGCAGGUACCAGGCACUGCCAGCCCUCGUCUGCAUCAUGUGCUGCCUGUUUGGAGUCGUCUACUGCUUCUUCGGUUACCGCUGCUUCAAGGCAGUGCUCUUCCUCACUGGGUUGCUGUUUGGCUCGGUGGUCAUCUUCCUGCUGUGCUACCGAGAGAGGGUGUUGGAGACGCAGCUGAGUGCCGGGGCGAGUGCGGGCAUCGCUCUGGGCAUCGGUUUGCUCUGCGGGCUGGUGGCCAUGCUGGUGCGCAGCGUGGGCCUCUUCCUGGUGGGGCUGCUGCUGGGACUGCUGCUCGCCGCUGCCGCCCUGCUGGGCUCUGCACCCUACUAUCAGCCGGCCUCCGUGUGGGGCCCACUGGGGCUGCUGCUGGGGGGCGGCCUGCUCUGUGCCCUGCUCACGCUGCGCUGGCCCCGCCCACUCACCACCCUGGCCACCGCCGUGACUGGUGCCGCGCUCAUUGCCACCGCCGCUGACUACUUUGCUGAGCUGCUGCUGCUGGGACGCUAUGCGAUGGAGCGGCUGCGAGCCGCCCCCGUGCCCCCCCUCUGCUGGCGGAGCUGGGCCCUGUUGGCACUUUGGCCCCUGCUCAGCCUGAUGGGCGUUUUGGUGCAGUGGCGGGUGACAGCUGAGGGGGACUCCCACACGGAAGUGGUCAUCAGCCGGCAGCGACGGCGUGUGCAGUUGAUGCGGAUUCGGCAGCAGGAAGAGCGCAAGGAGAAGCGGCGCAAGAAGAGGCCCCCUCGGGCUCCCUCCAGAGGCCCCCGGGCUCCUCCGAGGCCUAGGCCCCCUGACCCUGCUUAUCGGCGCAGGCCGGUGCCCAUCAAACGCUUCAAUGGAGAUGUCCUCUCCCCGAGCUAUAUCCAGAGCUUCCGGGAUCGGCAGACAGGGAGCUCACUGAGCUCCUUCAUGGCCUCACCCACAGACACGGACUAUGAAUAUGGGUCCCAGGGACCACUGACAGCCUGCUCAGGGCCCCCUGUGCGGGUAUAGCAGUAUAGCUGCUCCCGCCUGCCCGGGCUCUGCAGUCAACAGCUCUGUCAGCUUGGGGAGGCCUUCUGGGGCACCACCCAGUCUGCCUGUGGGUGUUCUUCCCCCACCUUGGAGAAGACUGGCCUGGCUGCUAGAAGGGAGGACCUGUCUCAGGCUAAGCCUGGCCUGAGAGAAAGCCCCCUCCCAAGCUCCCAAGGGGCUCCUGAGGGAUGUGGGGUGUGCUCAGGGUUGUGAGUGUGUCACCUGUGUGUGUGUGUGCGUGGAAGGGUGGGCUUAGAAGGGACAAUGGGACACUUGCCUUAGAUUUCUGAUUGGUAGGGCUUCUGCAAGGUUGGCCCCACCUCCUCCCCCACAGCUGGGGUUCCAUGGGCCGCUCUCCUGCAUGUCUAAGUGGAGGAGGUCUGCCUUCUUCCCCCAUCGCUCUGCCUCUCAACCAGACUCAUCUAAGGCUUCUUGUCCUUGUCCAUGGGGCAAACUGCAGCACCCCUCACCCUGGUCCCCUGUCCUCUGCAAAGCCACCAGCCUGAGGGCAGUGGCAGAGGAUGGGGUUAGGGGUGCUGUUCUGGGGUGGGUUGGGGUGGGGAGCAGGGGGCAGUGGACUUAAAUGCAUGGUGCAUGUCUGCUGUCUGUCAUGCCAUCCUGGACACCUCAUGCUUCUGUCUCCCCCCACCCCACCCUGUUUUACAUCUUUUAUAAAUGUGCCAAACUAGUGGCUUCUGCCAGGAA